UGUCCCCAAGGAAUUCUUAAAUAUGUUUCGUAUUUGCAUUUAGGGGAAAAAUUCUCAUUUACGCGUUUGUGAAAGGUUACAGUUUCAACGUCUUUUAAUUAAAUUCAGUUUCUUUGAAAGAUAAAAUAAUAAGAUUUAUAUAUUAAUUUGUAUGUUGCAUUGCAAUUCUGUCAAGAUGUAAUACAAUUUCAUCUUUAUGGUUAUGGUAUUUCAUUUGAACAAAAUGAAAAAUAAUUCAGCACCUGAAAAUAUUGCUUACACUGGUUGCUUUGGGGACUACAAUGUUACCUCAUGCGUCAGGGACUCUGUGCUAAGCAGUUUUGCUAUAAUCACUGCAUUUAUUUGUGCUAUCAAGCUACACCAUUUGAUUAGGAAUCAACAUUCAUUGCCUAACCAGUACAUUAUAUUUAUCUUUGGAUUGGUUGAGUCAAUUCUUUGCGCCAUUAACUGGAUCUACCUUUGGGAAUAUCCAGUCGUAUAUGUCAUUGAGUUUCUUAAAAUCAUUCAGUGUGUGGUGGUAUGCAGAUUUUACUGUGCACUUGCCGCUCAAAUAUACAGAAUGGACAAUCUAGCCAAGCGCUUUGUCCCUCUGUUUGCUGCAGCAUUUCUUCUUGUUGUGUUUGGAAUAUGCGUGAGUGGCUGGGCAACACGAAAAAAUAACCAUGUCGACUGUAUAGCUGUCCAAUGGAUUCUCUUGUCCUUUGCUGAAUUGGUGAAUGCCCAAUUCUUCCUGGUCGCCGGUAUCUUUGUUACAAAGAAAUUAAACGAUGUUAGGACAUUGGAAGAUAUGAGGAAUUCCAAGAAACGCGAGCUAUGGGGGAGUAUCGUCGUAUUUGAAAUAUCGGCGAUAGCAAGUAUCAUCCAUGAUGCCAUAUUUAAAGCUCUUGGACCCGAUAAUGGAUGUCAUGGAAUUCUUUCGACAUCUGCCUCAGGAUACACAGCCGUUUAUAUUGCAUUUAAGGUGACCCGAUGGCUUUUGCCAAUAUGGGGAAUGGCAGCAUUAUUUGCGAUCGAGGAUAACAGUGUUUCCCACGAAUCGCUCGCGUUUCUAGCCGCGAGGACUCCCUCGGGUUUCAGGCCACGUUUCUACCCUUCUGAAGAGCAGAACGCUUUCGACCAAUCAGGAGAGAGCACCGCAAACGAUGGCCAAUCAAAGCGCCUUCUGCUCCCGCCAUUUCUUAGAACUGCUAGAAAAUAUGGUUCGAUUAACCGACCUGCGACACCCGUUGUAAAUUCUGGACAAUUUGACGAGAACCCUGCAUCGUAAUUGGUCGAUGAUCAAGAUCUACGAUGGUAUCUCUCAAAGUUCACGAAAGAUUGUAUAAACUGUGUAUCAUGAUAUUAUUUAUAAGGAAAAUCUCACAUUGGCCAUGCUAAAAGCCGUUCAAACGGAGCUUAACCCUUCAACACUUUUAGUUUUAAAAAUAUAUAUGCAUGGUGACUAUGCGUGGCAAACACUUGAAAUUAGGGCCGGUCGAGUUGUUUAAUCGUAUAAAUUAAACUCUGAAAUACACCAUUUUGAUUGGAUAAUCCUGCAUGCCACAAGCUUUAAGUGUCUAACUACAUUUCAUAGAACCUGUAGCAGAGCUUUUUGAAAGUUGCAUGCGUAAACACAAUACACGCGGUUGGAUAUUUUUUAAGUUGUCUAUGAGGAUUAAGAAGGAUAUGGUUUGUAGUUUUUGAUACACCCACAUGCAAUGUGUGGGUUGCUUCCAAUAACAUUGGUUUUGUUUGAAUGGUUCUUAAUCGUGGUCACGCUGUUAAACCCCCUGGAAUCACAUAUUAUUUAUAUAACCUUUUAGUCUCGCGUGGCGUUAUAUCUUUGUUUUGCAAGGCAUGGUUGGGCGAGUGUGAGAGGGUGUCCUCCAAAAAGCCAAAACUAUUAAAAUCACUUUACUGUUAAAAUCGUUAGAAUUACAAUGCCUAUAACAGCUGAGCUGAACGCAAAUAUGUGAAUAUGCGCAAGGUGGUGUUUUAACACCUACGUAAUGUUUGACUCCAUUCUGGUCACCCACCCACAGGUUUCUUUAUGCGCUGGAAGUGGAACAUUUAUUUUCUACCAAUUGCCAAACUGUUGACUUUGGUAGCUAUAUUUUGAUAUUCAUAAAAACUGUACGAAAUGUAUAAGAUACUGUAAAAAAAACUCGCACAUGCUUAAAACGCACUCAAGCACUUGCACCAUGUUGAUAAAAUA